CUCGAGAAUGACCUAAUUGAGGAUGAAGAUGCGUGCGAUGAAGUUAAAUACGACUCCAAAUCCUCACACGUGUACCUUACGCAACCGCGUGAUGACCUGAAUAGAUACAUGGUCGAUAAAUUCCACCCGCCGACAGCAAAAUCACAGCAAGUUCCUUACGAAUCCAUUGAUCUAUCUGUAUACAAGCCUUCAUCGAAAUGCUUAGGAUUCACCACAUCCGAAUGUCGACUUUUACACUGGAUUACUACCUUCGCACAAAGAUAUCACAGCCUACUGACCGGAAAUGCCUCUGGAUACAAGGUAAUUUGGAAAGAGCAAGACAAUAAUCCUUCCGCCUCAAAAUGUGAUAAGAUAGUCAUUAAUUUGCUUAAAGAAACAGCCUCUUCUGAUGAGCUAUUAGUGGCAAUAACAGUAUUUAUAACGACGGGCAGAAUCCUUGUACAAGGAAAAGGCCAUGAAGACUGGAGUAAACAUGAGUUUCCGGUUCUCCUGGACAUUGUAAACCAACUGAGCUCCCUGAAAAGUUUUUCCAGUAUCUCUUCAGUGGAAGAUAAAUCAAUUUUUACUGGUUCUGUUCACAACUUCUUUGAAAAUGCGAUCCAUUUUAUUCCUGAUGACGACAUCCCAUCUUUGAGCCAAGGCGUAGACAUCGCAAAUGGAGGAACUUCACCCCCCAUUUUCGAGUCUCUCAAAAUUACACCGAAGCGUUUAGGCACAAUUUCCUCGUUGAGAGACACACUCGCACAACUGGAAGUUGACUUUACCCAGUUUAGAAUGAUAUGUUCUGGUGACAUUGAACAGAUGAAGGACAAAAUGACGCAACAAAACAAUCUCUUGAAACUUCAAAAACAAUUAACUGCAGACGUUUCGACUGAGCUGUCUUCCCACUUGACGUCAUUCCAAGAUAUUGUCUCACAACAAACAACUCUAAUCAAGAAACUGCAAGAGGAAAACCAGUCUCUCCAAAAGACACAAGCCAAACUCUUAGCAACAAAUUCACAGUUACAAGAGCAACACGCGCAACUAUUAUCUGAAGUCAAUUUCCUCAAAGAGCAAGUCCGUAUGUUGUGGGACCACUCCACGGGCACCUCUGAACCAGCUCAGGGGAUCUCUCGUGACUCAACGACCUCAGAGAGUGUUCAGGGAGAAACUCUAGAAAAAUCAUUAACAGAAGACGAAACCUUGCUCCUCGUUAAUAUCCCGACCGAAAAUCGCUUCUCCCCUCUUCAGUCAUCAGCUGCAAGACUUACCAGAAAUGAACCUGACAUUGAUAGAGCUUCGGUUCCUACUCAGGAAAAUACCGUAUCGACAAAUCACAAUGGAAACGAACCAGCUUCUGAAGACGAUCUACCUCCUAACGUUAAAAUCAUAAACACCUCUGAUCAACCACAUCCACCUAGUGCU